AGGUGCUGUGGUAAAACAUCAGUAGCCUACCAGUUAAGAGGCUAGAGGAGACUGGAGGCGUGGCUAGAGGGUCUAUCUGACAAAACAGAGAAGAGACAUAUGUAAGCAGAGACAAAUAGUACUAAAAAGGGAACGAAGUAGAGAUAGCUACAUAAAUCAAGGGGGAAACAGAACUAGAGAAUAAAGGAUGGACACCACAGCUGUUACAAGGAUGUGGAACGACACAGAUCUUCCGAGAAAUGAUACCUUUUCUUGUGCGUCCCCGUCUGUGGAGGGCUACCGUUACUUUGGCGUCCUCCUGGGAUCGGCUGUGACCAUAGUAGGAACCAUAGGGAAUAUUCUGACCGUCCUCGCCUUUGCUACUGAUGCCAGCCUGAGGACACGUUUCAAUGUCCUCAUAGUAAACCUCGCCUUCGCUGACCUUCUUUACUGCACCAUCCUGCAACCGGUCAGCGUUGACUCAUACCUGCACCUGCACUGGAGAGGUGGAGCCACAUGGUGCCGUAUGUUUGGAUUCCUCCUGUUCCUGUCCAACAGCGUGUCCAUUAUUACAUUGUGCUUCAUCGCUAUGAGCCGUUAUUUGGUUGUUGCGCAUCGCACUUCUCGCUGUGCCCGUCUGCUCCUGUCCCACCGUGGAGUGGCGGUGCUCCUAAUAUCAUCCUGGCUACUGGGUGUAGCAAGUUUUGGCCCACUUUGGCCCGUCUAUGUGUUUGCCCCACAAGUAUGCACCUGCAGUUUUCACCGUACUAAAGGGAGGCCUUACACCACCGUGCUGCUCUUCCUGUACUUCAUCUUGGGCCUGGGUUGUGUGGGGCUUUUCUACUUCCUGAUCUACCGUAAGGUGCGAGUAGCCUCUAAGGCUUUCCUGAAGUACAGGCCCAGUCGCCGCUCAUCAGAACGCAAGAGGACUAAAGCCGAAGCAUCGACGGAUGACAGCGGGAUCAGUGCUGGAGCUUCAACAACUCAAAGCUGUGAGAUCAGUCAUGAUGAGGCAGGAGCGGAGCAGAAUAAGAACAAAGGACUGGAGACAUCUGAGGACCACACGAGCACAAAAGAACCAAAUAACUCCAUUAAAGAAGCCCCAAAAGAAACCGAAACGUCUUCUAAACCAACACCGGUAACAAUCCAGACCACUCCAGCUGCCAGCUCAGGAGAGGACAGUGAAUUUAAGCGUGUAACUCGAAUGUGCUUUACAGUUUUCAUGUGUUUUGUCGGCUGCUUUGCACCAUUUCUGCUGCUGAAUGUCGCUGAUAAGGCGAACCGUGCGCCACAGGUCGUUCAUAUGUUUUGUGCAAACCUCACUUGGUUAAAUAGUUGCAUUAACCCUUUGUUGUACGCAGCCAUGAACCGGCAGUUUAACCAGGCCUACAAAGACCUACUAGGCAAAGCUCUGCAUCCAUUAACUUGGAUAUGGAGAACCCGUCGGAAUUAGAAAAAGCGAUAAUGAAGAAUGCGAUCCAACUCCUUUCAAUCUGAAAGUGAUGUUGUGUUGUAGAUGUUCAUUGACUUCACAGAUUAUGCAAAAUUAAACAUGGAGCUGCACUCUAUUUAUUCUGUGGAGAACAUCACAGUUCUCAGGUUUAUUCAUCUCCAUCAGCCGCAUAUAAAGCACAAUUAAAGCAAUACAACCAAAUCGAACUCAAAAUGACAUGCCAUAUACAUUUUAUGUAUUACGCACGGUUUUAUUUUCCAUUCACUUUCUAUAUUAUCAAAUAGCUUGCACUUCUUUAUUUAGCUCAUCUUUGACUAUAAUGGAGGCAUUUCUUUCACAAGUGGGAUUUUCCAGUUCCAUCAAAGAUCAGAAAGGAAACAUGUCAUGUGGCUUUUUUUUUACUGCAAAUGCAAAAACUUUCUCUAUUUCAUUUCCUCAUUUUUCUUUUUGUACAUAUGCUGUAAUCAUGCAUGCCCUCACAGGAGUGAUUCAUAAUGACUUUAAGAACAUUUAUAACCUCAGGCACAAAUGAACAUGGAAGUUUGAAGCUGGGUGAUGGAGAAAACAAGAACAGAUACGCCUCACUGCUUCGUUUAAUACCUCACAAAAUUUUUAAGUCCUCUUUUGUUGCUGUGUUGUUUCCAGUUUUAUUUAUGUACUGUUUUAGCUCGACCUCCAGAAUAUGAGAUAACUUGUGUGAUCUUAUUUUUAUUAAGGAUUAUUUGAAAAAUUCCUCGAAAUGUAGGUGGAUGUAAUGUGGUUAUAUUGCACAUCAUAUCAGUGUUCUAGAAUGGUAACACAUGUAUGAACAUUUCUUUUAAAAUAAAGCAACAUAAAAUAUAAAGUCAGCAAAAGUGCUUUUUACUGUUACAAUUUUGGUACAGAAAGUUUAUGAACUUGCUUCUGGUAUAAUGGAGAUUAAAGUUUGAAUCUGUUCAGAUCCUAUUUUUAUUAUCUAUUUGAAUUUUAUUAUAUGUUUUUAAAUUACUAUCUUAAGUCAGCGUCCAGCUUUUUUAGAGCCGGACACAAAACCAAGCAUUUCGCAAGUCCAGACAAGUGUUCCUGACUGCGUAAUCUGUAAAAUUUCUUAACAUUGCAACAAAGGAAGAGCCAUAUCACAAAUGACUUCAAAGCUAAGGCAUCAUUGUAUUUAGAAAUGUAAGGUCAUCCCGGGUGCUCAUGGAUCUCAGAUUGGUUGUGUUGAUUAUUAUAUUAUUUGUGAUGUGUUAAAUAACUCACACCAAUUCCAAAUUCAGUUUGCAAGUCUAUAUAUGAAAUGCACAUGUGCAAUGCCUCUGUGUAAGGGAACAGAUGGUAACCGGUAACUGGUUUUAACAAUGUAACACAAUAUCUCAACCGUCUAUUAAAAUUCUGCUUUAUCAGGUAAUUGCCUUGAUUUUCAAUUAGAAAGACAUCAUGACAGACUUUUCUCUCAUUAGAUUUUUUAUUGGAGAAUAUUGUAAUAUUGUUUUUCAGCUCUACAAUGUCUUGUUCACAGAUACAAAACACAGUAUGGUAGGAUUGACAGUGGAUACAAUCGAAAACUUGGUUACAUGCAUUUGAAACAAAGUCUACAAAUUCAAAAACAGAAGUGCUCAUGGGGUGACAAAAUGCUUCUGCAAGAAAGUGAGAGGCGGGGGGCGGGGGA